CUGACGCGAGCGCUGCUCCUCGAGCUCGGCCGCUACACAACUUUCUUGCAACUUGUAUGAGUUGUAUCAACUUUCUGAUUUGAACCGUUCCUGAUAUUCUGAGGAUUACCUGUUUACGGCUACUGAUUUAACUGUGGUGCCGAUCAAUAUUAACUGGAAGAAAACAAAAUUGGGAUUAUUCGGAAGCUAUUUUCUCGAAGCGUUCUAGUAACGCGAGUGGAUUCGACUACAGCAGAAGGAUUAUAUAGUUUAAUCGGAUGUAUAAACCCGACGUUCUUUUCUGUGCAAAGUGGUUUCAGGGAAAGGUGAUCUUGGAUAACCAGAAGGUGUCCUGAGAUCAAGGGGCAGAUAACCCCAAUGUCAGGAUGAGCGAGGACCCCACUUCCGCAGACAACGAUGAGGCGAUGGACGGCGUAAACGCUUCAUAUUUAUAUCUGCUCCAGCACGAAGUCAACAUGGCCGCCAUGACGACCCGAGUACUACGUGACAACGGAAGUGCAGAUCCCGGAAGUGACAACAUUACCCAACUCAUCAUGACAACGAUGGGAACACCGCCAACAUUUGACGAUGUCAGCAUGACAAAGACAAUUGUUUUUGGGGCCAUGUUUGUCAUGUCCCUCGUCGGAAAUGUGGCCACAUUGAUUCAGAUGUACCGAAUGAGACGACGAAAAUCAACAAUUAACACAUUAAUAGUGAACCUUGCGAUUGCGGAUUUAUUUGUGACGUUCUUCUGUAUCGCUGGUGAGGCUGUUUGGGCAGCAACUGUACAAUGGUAUGCAGGUAAUGUGAUGUGCAAGUUUGUUAAAUACAUGCAGGUGUUUGGGCUCUAUCUCUCCACCUACAUAACUGUUGCCAUAGGCCUUGACAGGUGUGUGGCCAUCUUGGAUCCCAUGAGAAGGAACGGGGCGACCGUCAGAGUAAGGGUGAUGAUUCUCCUAGCAUGGAUGUUCAGUGCCUUAUUCAGCGUGCCUCAGGCCAUUAUAUUCAACGUGAAAAGAGGACCAUUUGUUGAAGACUUUUACCAGUGUGUAACUUUCGGAUCGUACGCUGGAGAGUGGCAAAGCCAGCUGUACACCGUCGCCUCCCUACUGCUUAUGUUUGUCAUUCCACUUGUUACCAUAGGAACGGCUUAUGGAUUAAUUUUCUGCACAAUAUCCAGAAAGUCAAAAGAAUUCACAGUUUUAGAUGGGAUAUCGUGCCUCCCCAAGAGGCCUCGUUGUGCAGAUCAGUGGCAGACAUACCAAGGCAUCAUGUGUAUGUCGGGCUGCACCGGCAGCAAAGAGUCUAUCACAUCAACGUUAUCGAACGGGUUUUCACGAGGACCCGUGAGGAGUAACCUACUGCGCAAGGCAAAGCGGAAGUCCCUCCGGAUGUCCAUAGUGAUAGUGUUAGCUUUUGUCGUCUGCUGGUCUCCUUAUUACGUUCUCUUCAUCUGUUCAACCUUCUUCUGGGAAGAAUUUAACCCAAGGACAAACCUGUGGUUAUUUUUCAUCGGGAUGACCAACUCGCUGCUCAAUCCUAUGAUCUACGGAGCCUUCCAGCUAUGCAAGGUGAACACAGCAAGUUCCUGGAGAAGAGGCGGGUCGCCAAACUCAAGCUUGAAAAUGAACGGGAAUUUGGGGAAAAGCUCUAUCAGAGACACACCUGUUAGCCUCAACAGCAACCCGACCUACAACACUCCUCAAGUGGGGUCUACCAGAGGGCUUAUUUUCACCAGUCGAUGCAGUCGCUGUGGUCGGUGUAGCAACAGCAGCAACAACAACCAUCGCCUCCGCUACAAUGGCCACUGCAACAAUGGUGUAUGCAGGCAUAAACGCGACAGUGGAAAGAACCGAAGAUUCACGACUGGUGAUCUCCGGUAUUGCUGUUUUUCCAACACGUACUAGUGGAGUGAGACUGUUCUCACUCAAACGGCCUAUUAAUACUACGCACAUAUGUUGAUAAUAUUAUAAGAACAAGACUUAUAUCAACAUUAAUAGUGACCAUUGUUUUGUGAACCUGCGAUAUUUUGUCAUAGUAUUCAACAUUCAGAUGUUCCCGAAUUCGAAAGGAACGUCCAUACCCGUGACGUGAUGAGGCUGGCCCACGUAACACAUGGCGUAACACAUGACUAUGCGCACUUAAGUGAAAGGACUUCUCGCGAUUGUAAAAUAAUCUCUUGAAUCCUCGGUGUACAGUUCUGUCAUCUGUGGCCAAUGAACAGUAUUUGCUCAAGUGUAAAAUAUAUUGUUGAAGAAUGAUGACAAUAACCUGGUACUUUCUAAUUCGAGGACUGUGUUUCCAGUGCCACAUGUACAGACAAGAUAUUGUGUCAGCAUCAGAUGCCAUUCUUCCCGAUCCUUCCCUCAGACUAUUUCAUGAAACAUGGUUGGUACCGGGAUUUAAUUGUAACAUCUUGAAAGAUGUAAUGAGUUUGCAUGCCUGAUAUGUACUCCACAACGGUCAUGACAUAUCAGCGGCUGUUGUUUAACCCAAAACGUGUUUCCGUUUAUGUUGUCAAAAGCCAACCAUAAUUUUGUUACUGUUCAGCUCAACUGUUUUAAGCCCAUGGAGAGUUUACAGUAUCCUGGCGUCCAGCGUACCGAUCGCCGUCCUGCCAAACACAGGUGUGCUUUGCGCAUGACAGUAACAAGAAAUAUUGAUGAGUUUAAAUAUGUGUGGUUACUUGAGUCUCUAAAGCAUGACCUUAUGGUUUGGUUACCCGGUUGUUUUGGUCAUUAAAGCAUUGCAUAAGGUCAUAGGUGUCUUGACCAGAAUAAGACCUUUGUGAUAUUUGCUUGAACAAUGAUAACCGGGGUUAUUAGUCAAAGAGGAGUCGCACAUCACUUACGUGGCUUAACCUUAAACUGGAGUAAGUCUGAUUUCUUAAUAGCUUCCAGGGCGGAAUUACAUCAGAAUCAAGUAGUACAAAGGUCAUAAGUGCGGGUAUCUGGACAAUAUAUAUACGUGAGUCAGAUGCCUGGAAAUAGCUGAGCAGAUAUCCGAAGCAAUGGAUUUCUCAUGAUUGUCCACAUAUAUUAAAUAUUGAUGUCCAGAAGAAAAUAUAUGAUCCUAUUUAUAUGUUCUUUCACAACAGCAUCAUUACAUUCCUAGAUGUACAUUUAUCAUUUCUGUCUAUUUGUUCAAGCUGGUUUCUUUAUUGAUUUUUAGAUACGUUUUUAAGAAAUACUUUGUUUUAAUUCAUUGUUGACGUUUUUGUAGAUGGUGUUUCGGGUUAGCUUGUUCGAACUAAGGACACUGUUUUCUCUAUGUUUUGGACACAUAACACCAAAUAUUGAAUAUAAUAACAUUGUCUCAAAGUGUUCACAUAUCCUGAUUUGUUAGUAAAUCCUACGUUUCAUUAAAACGCCACCCAUUUGACCUUAGAGACAAAGAUAAGAUGAAGCUAUAUUCUCCAGUUUAUUAACGUUUUCUUUACUUCACGUUUACAAAUGCCUUAUGUCUGUAGAAUUUCGUUAAUCCAUGUCUUACUGUCAUUUCCUCAUUUACCAUAAUUGUUAUGUUACAAAAUCAUUUUGUCUGAUACUAAUACCAAUUCUUGCGUUUCACGAAGACUUGAAAGGUAACGUGAAUUUCAUUUAGCUAUGACUGCAUUAAUUGCCUGUGCUGAAUAGUGGCAUGAACAACGAUAUGCCAAUGAGGCAUAUAUGAUGAAUACAUCCCUCUUGCUGUUAACGGGACAAAUACGACCACUGCGUCUGACAUGGACUAGCUGUAUAUAUAUUUUGAAUACACGAUAGACCAUGAUAGGGGCACGAGUCAUCCCAAAUAAGCCGACUUCCACAAUGUCGGCAUGGCUCUUUCUUAUUGUAUAUCGCUUAUGCAUACUACAGCAAUCUAGUUAAAUCUGUGAUAUGUAUGCACGUUAUGAGCUGAGGCAAUAUGGACGUAGAUACGGUCGAUAACUGUUUAACGAUAUACCGCCCUUUAUAACCUGUAAGUUAAUUUCUACGCCACCAGAAAAAUGUUUAGAUUAUAACAUUGCCGAUAAAUAGCCAAAAUGCAAUCAAAUAAAUAGAUUAAAAGUUUUAAUUAUGAUGUUUAAUUGAAGCAUUUUAGUUAGAACUUUAAUAGUGCUUAGUCAGCACUCAUAGAAUAUUUCUACACGUUUCUAUUUUCAAUAUUUCGAAUUGAUUUAAACUUAUCUUUUAAUUUAUCAAUGUAUUUGCACUUUGGGCAGGAAUAUACAUUAUAAAAAUGGUCGGGGACAUAUGGAUGCAGUGUCAAGUCUUACCUCAAUCUUCACAGAAACAAUACAUUUUGACUAGAUUAUUUUUUACAAACUGUGCAUGAAUGACGGAUGGUUAAAUACACAUAAUCAAAUUUCACAACAAUCUUCCAGUUUAAACAAAAACACAACCAUCGGCAUACAUUCCUUUAUUAAGCACAUAUUAAAGUGUAUUUCAGACACCUCAGGUAAGAUUAUUACCAAAGUCGGUCCCUCAAAUAUUUGGCUCGUCACUAUACAGCUCAAAUAUUACCGAUAUGACGUAAAACUUUAACUCACUCCCACACUCACUCAAAGUUUACUGCCAAACAUGUAGGAUGUGUCAUGCAAAUACAAGCGUCAAACAUGUAUCAACUACAUUUAACAUUAAAUACUCGACAGUUCAGAAGGACACGUAGGAUGUACAUAUGUAUGUUUAUUUCAUUAACUGUUACACUGGUUCGUACCUUUGCUGAGGAUAUGUGUAAUGAGUGGACUGUAAACGUCAUACAUGCAUAGGGAAGCUUUCGAUUUUGCAUCUUGGUGUUACUAAAAUAGGACUAUGUAUCAAUUUGUCCGCGAAAAAACAAUUGCUGGAGCGUGUGUGCUUAAAAUACGUUAUAAUGUCAUGAAGGAGCACAUUGCUCAGGAGUGUUUAGCGCUAAUAAUAUUUAACAUUAUAUUCAACAGCAACAGUACAGAACUUAUUGAUGUAACUAUGAACACCAUUUGAUUUGAUUUCUAAACUGGUGCGCAAAAGGAAAGAAUAAACCCAUAUUGAAUGGUGACGAAAAUGAAACACACGGGAAACGUGAUAGGGAUGUAUUUAAUACAGGUAUCAGAGCUGUAUUGUGGACAGUGUUUCGGCCUAGUAAUCAUCUGAUAGUUUGGUCAGAUCCAAGUGUAUACUUUUAAAUGGAUGCUUUCUUUUUCUUAUUUUAUACUUUCUCAGCGCUUCACCAGAGGCAAAAGUGAUGCUCCCAGCAUCAUAUACAAUAUCCAGGAAACAACCGUUUUAGUUUUAAAAUUAUCUUAUUGAACGUUUAAUUUGGAGACUUUCAAAACGAACAUAGAGAAGCUGCAGAUAAUCCUAAAAUAGGAGCUUGAAAUUAUAUUACUAGAAAAUUGACAAAUUUUAUGGACAACAACUUUUUAUUACGAGUACCGUAAUAACCGUAUUACUUUAUCCUUGUACCGUUGUCGAGCAGGAAUGUAAUAUACAGUGGUUGUUAUCCAUAAAGUUUGUCAAUUUUGUACUUCCCAGCUUCUAAAAUGCCACUCAAAGAAGUUAAAUUACUAGAACCGAUGCAGAUGUAAUAACAGAUGUGAGGCUCUGUAUUUUCACUCUUUUAAAUCAAUUGGCGGUAUGUCUUGAAGCCCUUUGUCAGUUCGGAUACAAUGGUUUACCUUGUAAAUGAAAGCUGUUAACAACUGUUGUCAGUGUACUUGUAGGUGUUGUUGAUUUUGUCCUAGCUCUACGCGUCUUUCCAUAUAUGACCCAGCUGAGUACUCAAAGUGGCGACACUGCCUGCCUACAGGUGAACUGCUUGAGUACGUUAUUUGUUCAUUAUGAAUAAACUAUCGAUUGUU